AUAUGAUAUAUGGGUGAACCUCACAAAUUUAUGCAGCAGCCUCCGCCAAAUGGCAAAACCUGAACCAUGUGUUCCCAGGGGAGUUUAUGUUGAAAUUUGGAGAGCAUUUGGAUUGGUUUGAGAAUCAUAUAUAUCCACAACGAAUUAGCGGGAACAAAUACCAAAUUAGGUCCAUUAUCAGUAACAUCAGCUCAAUUGUACUUGAGCAUCCAUGGCUAUUCAAUGCAAUUUUGUUCCAUACUUCACCUGCAGGCCUAGUAAAGAGAUACCCUCAUCAUCGUUCUCUUCAUUUGCCCCUUUCCCUGCAACCCAAAAGGCUCUCUUUUAUGUUGAUUCUACCAAAUUAAAGUUCUCAUCAGCUCCCAGGUUGCCCACAGUCAUCUCUGCCUUGGUUUCUGACAAGAAAGCUGUAGAGUCUAAUUAUUCUGGUACCGAUAUGUUCAGAUUGACUUACUUGGAGGGGAAUAGCUGGUUGUGGGAAGUGGGAGGACUCAAACUUCUGGUUGAUCCAAUCUUGGUGGGUAACUUGGAUUUUGGAAUUCCUUGGCUCUAUGAUGCUGCCAAGAAAGUUCUCAAGAAUUUCCAGCUUGAUGACCUUCCAGUGAUAGACUGCUUGCUCAUUACACAAAGCCUCGAUGAUCAUUGUCAUCUCAAGACAUUAAAGCCUCUCUCAAAGAAGUUCCCAAACCUGAGAGUUAUAGCAACUCCCAAUGCCAAAACACUGCUGGAUCCUCUCUUCAACAAUGUCAUCUACUUGGAACCCGGCCAGGAUUCUGAGAUUGAAGUGAGCAACGGCUUCCAGGUUAAUAUUAAGGCUACUGCAGGGCCGGUUCUUGGACCUCCUUGGCAGCGACCCGAGAAUGGGUAUCUUGUCACUUCUCCAAAAGGUGCUCUUACUCUCUACUAUGAGCCCCACUGUGUCUAUAACAAGACCUUCUUAGAAAAAUACAAGGCAGACAUUGUUAUUACUCCUGUCAUAAAGCAACUUCUACCAAACUUUACAUUGGUUUCCGGACAAGAAGAUGCAGUUCAACUUGCAAAUCUUCUUUCUGCAAAGUUUGUCGUGCCGAUGAAGAAUGGUGACCUCGACAGCAAAGGGUUUCUUGCUAGUAUUGUUCAAGCUGAAGGAACAAUGGAAUCAUUCAAGGAACUUUUGUCAAAGGAACUACCAGAUGCAAAGGUACUUGAACCUGCUCCCGGAGAACCACUGGAUAUUUCAAUAGCUGUACAGGGACAAUAAAACGAGAAAUGUUUAUUUGAAUAUAUACAAUGCAAUACUUACAUACCCAACAAUACAUGAGAUUUUAAUUAAGCAAGGCAAUCUUGGAGUCAUGUUUUGGGCCUAAAAAUGAGAAUAGAACAAGAAGCUUUGAUAGUUUGACACCCUAGAAGGGGAUAGAUCUAGAGAAAUUUUCAGAAACCACUAUAAUUAAGUGACUAUUAACGUGCUA